GGCGUCGAGGCGGCGCCGGCCAGUGAGGCGGCGGGGGGCGGGCCGGCGCGGCAGCACGCUCCAAGGCGGCCCGCCGGGUUUUGCUGCGCUCGGGGCGGCGCCGGCGCUCAGUGUGUUUGGAGCCGGCGAGCAGACGGGCUGGGCGCGGCGGGAGUAUGGGGGUGAGGUAGGAGCGGCCCGGCUCCCGAGCAGCGCGGCCGCGGCGGGCGGGCGGGCGAGCGGGGCCGCCCGGGCUGGGCCUGCGCGGGGCGGCGGCGGCCGGAGGAUGGAGGACAAGAAAGAGGAAGGCGAGGCCGAGAUCCAGGAGCACGGGCCCGAGCACUGGUUCAGCAAGUGGGAGCGGCAGUGCCUGGCCGAGGCCGAGCAGGAGGAGGCGCUGGCGCCGGAGCUGCAGGACGAGGCGGCCGCGCAGCCCGAGCACAAGCAGCAGAAGCUCUGGCACCUCUUCCAGAACUCGGCCACCGCCGUGGCGCAGCUCUACAAGGACCGGGUGUGCCAGCAGCCAGGGCUCUCCCUCUGGGUCCCCUUCCAGAACGCCGCCACCGCAGUCACCAACCUCUACAAAGAAAGUGUGGAUGCCCAUCAACGAAGUUUUGAUGUAGGAAUUCAAAUUGGCUAUCAGCGUCGGAAUAAGGAUGUGUUAGCUUGGGUUAAGAAACGCAGAAGAACUAUUCGUAGAGAAGACUUGAUCAGCUUCCUAUGUGGAAAAGUUCCUCCUCCAAGAAAUUCUAGAGCUCCCCCAAGACUGACUGUAGUAUCCCCUAACCGAGCUACUUCAACAGAAACUAGCUCAUCUGUAGAGACUGAUUUGCAGCCUUUCCGUGAAGCCAUAGCUCUGCAUGGUCUUAGUGGUGCAAUGGCUAGUAUAAGUGUUCGCUCGAGUACCCCAGGCUCUCCUACUCACGUGAGCAGUGGCUCCAAUGCUAGUCGAAGGAGAAAUGGACUCCAUGAUGUUGAUUUGAACACUUUCAUAUCAGAAGAAAUGGCACUCCACUUGGACAAUGGUGGAACUAGAAAGCGUACCUCAGCCCAGUGUGGCGAUGUCAUUACAGACUCACCAACUCAUAAACGCAACAGAAUGAUCUAAACUGCAAAAAUUUCAAACCCACCAUGCUGCUUGAAAGCCACUUGAUCCUCAGAGUACUAUUGAAAAGGAAACAUGAGGCCAUCUUCCCAUAUUCACUGUUUAAGACAAAUGAAUUCAAUAAUUGCCAUAAAGGAAAUUUUAGAUAUUACAUUAGAUGCCUCUUGUAACUGCGGCUUUCUUAAACUAUAUUCUUAGCAGAGGACAUCAGAUAUUGUGUAGUAGUUAGCAAGAUCAUCAUAGGCAAACAUGUAUCCGUUCCAAGGCUAAAAGUGACCUUACUUGUAUUCUUAAAGGGAAAGGAAAUUUCAGAUGUUUAUUUGGUUAUAGAAUGCUUUUUUUGUCCUUUAUUUCCUGCUGUGUUGAGUAUUUGCUUAAACAGUAUUGCCAGUUUGACUGAAAUUGUCUACAACAUGACUUGGCAUCUUUGUCAAAACUGCAGGCUUCCAUUUUUUGCAGCACUGUACCAUGCACCUAGUUUCUAUAUAGUAACAGUGUGCAAGUUAUAAAUAUUGGACUGUACCCUUUUUAGUUUUAAAAGCAGUUGAUAAUUCUGGUGAUUGUGUGAUAAUGUAAAGAGGUGCUAUGAUGGUCAUGCAAUUAAUACUUAAUAUUGAAUCAAUACAAGGAUCUUUAUUGGAUUCACUUUGUGUGUUUUAGUGCUCUGAAGUAGCAAUAUUAAACUUUCCCCAAUUAACUUCAUAGGCUUUUAAAUCUUCAGUUUGAGAAAAUAUAUGUACUUAUUGGUAUUAUCCUUGUGGUAAUCAUACACAGUGCAGACUGCACCAGUGCUGACCUAAAUUUAGAGAAAGAUGUCCUGUAAUUGGAAAAUAGGCUUUUCUGUUCAGUAUUAGUGAAGGGUAGGUUUUGUGUACACCCAUAUCCCAUUUUACAUUUCUUGUGAAGUAAUUGCCCGUUACUGGGAAGGGGUGGGAAGAGAGGGAAUGAGGGGGAAUAGUUGGAAAAAGAGUGUGUUCUAACAAGUAAGACUUCUGGUCACAUACGGAAACUUGGACUAACUUAAACAAGAUUGUGUGAUGCCAUCUCCUGCGGGAGGGAGUGACAUGCAGGUUCUCUCAAGUGCUAAGAAAAUAAUUUAAAACUGGAAGUUGAUUAUAAAGCUCUGGAUAAACAUGCCGUAAGGAUGAGUUUUAAAGGAUAAAUGGCUUUCUUUUGUGUGUUGAGCUUACAUUCAUAGGAUCAAACUCUGGCUGCCAUAAACCUAAGCAUAAUCUAAAAGUGAACUAUAGAUCAAGAUUGAUCUGCUGCAAAUCAGUUCUGGAAUGGGGAAGGAUAUGUGUCAGUCUUAAAGAACAUUGUCCUACUUGGAACUUUUUUACACUUACGUGCAACAAAUCUUUCUUCUUUGGAGAGCUCUGGCUUAGGUCCUCUAAAUCUCUGCCUAGACAAGGAGUAAUACAGGAGGAAUGAGAGAAUGAAGAGCUCCAAACAUGGAAGCGAGGAAAAGGUAUUUAUUGAGGCAGUGUGUGUGCUGUAACAGAAAACAUAAGCUGAUUUUGGGUGAAAUUCAGCUGUGCUAAAUCCACAGCUCUUAGGAAAAAAGUGUUCUAAGUUAAGGCACCUUUAAUUCCUUUUUAAUAUACAGCUCUUCAAGACUUUUGCUUAUGCUUGCAGAGUCAGACUUUUGUAUGACUUUCCUGAUGUUUAAGGCAGAUUUAACUAUAGUUUUACUCCUUAUAACCCUGUUGUCCUUUAUUGGUGUUCUCUAGUCAAGGCAAGACAACAAUGAUAUGUUGUAUUUAAAAAUCUCAGAAUUCAAGGCUUGCAGAGCACGAUUUCCUUGCGUUAUAGUGCUUCCAUCUAAUUUCUUUAAAUUGAAGAGCUCAACAGUUGCACAGUACUGUAGCUAAGUUCUGUAAUUUAUGGGACAAGUGUGAAAGCUGUCUAGAGAGACUGUAAGAACUGUUCAAAAAAAACCCACCUGUGUUACAUAGCUUAACUUGCACAUUACCUGAAGAUUCAGUGUACAUCCAGUUAAGUUACUGCUGUUAACUACAAUUAAUAAUACUUAUUUAAUGUAAAAUAUUAAUGCUACAUAAAGCUAGUUUUCAGAGACUGCAUUUUCAACCAGGAUUUCAGUGUAAGAUGGUAUCUAAAUGUAUUGGUUAGAAUUAGUAUUUAUUAGGCAGAGGGUUUUUUACCCCAAAAUAAAAUCACAGGUUGGAGUCCUGAACAGACUUGAAAGGACACAUAUCUGAAAACCAUUCUUCAGCUCUUCUGUUUAUUCAUUAACUGGCUUGUACAACUAGAAGAUAUUUAUGCUCUGCAACUUCUAAUAUAGACUUUACUGUUACAUAUAGUAAAGGUAACAUCAUAUUGGUAUGAGAGUUCUGCAUACAUGACAGUUGUAACAGUGCUUCUGGUCUAGCCUAAAUAUACAGAGCCUAUUCAAAUUAUUUCUCCCCUUCCUUGCAGUAAAGUACUGUCAAUGCUUCGAAGCAUUACAUUCAGUCUAGUACCACCUAAAACUAAAUUUGUUUAGCUUUAAUUUGUGCCAUUUUUCUUUGAGAAAGCAGGCUUAGAUAUCAAACUGGUUGCAUUAAUGUUUUUGCUUGUACCUUAAAUAUUUGGCAACUUUUUACCAUUGUUUUUCAUUUAGCCCCAGUUGUUACUUGCUCUUUAAAUGUUAACCCCUGCCAGAAUGAUCUAAAAUGCAUGUAUUCACCUGGUAAACAGAAGGAGAACAGAUUGUCUCUUUAAAAAAAUAAACAUUCAAGUCCAGUA